AUGGCCAAGAAAAAAGGGAAAAAUGAAACUCCAGCGUUGGAGAAGGCUGCAAAUAAAAGUAACUCCGGGCCUACUGGUGGGAAGAGAGGCAAGAGGGUGUUAACUGAGGAGCAGAAGGCUCAACAACAGAGUAAUAGAGCCAAGGUAACCUCGACAUCUAGUUGGACCGGUAAGCUUCCGCAUACAUUGCUUCAUGAGUUCUGUCAAAAGAGAAAAUGGGGUAAAGUGGAAUAUGACAUGAAGAAAAUUGGCUCAAAGGGCUUCAUUGGUAUAGCCAUUAUAUCAUCUGUUGAUCCGAAGACUCGCGAAACGUUAUUAGUAAGACUUAAUGACCCUACUUAUGAUAAAGCUGUGGGCCAGGGUGCUCUAGAACCCCAGGAAACUACCAUGGAGGCUCGCCAUUACGCUGCCACUGUGGCACUUUACAGGCUAGCUUAUAACACUAACACACAUAUGAUGCUGCCACCUAAUCAUAAAUCCAUAUGGUAUAAGUUGGACGAUUUUAGAAAAUCACUGAAAAAGGACGAUAGAGCUCAAAGAUAUUUUUGUGAUGAUCCUUUUAAACAGUUAAUUGAAGAAAGGAAAGAGAAAGCCAUUAAAGAUAAACAAAACGAAUCUAGAAUGCAACAGGCUGCCAAAAAUGAGAGCACACCUGUAAUUAUAAACUCUGUCAACAACAAUAUGAAAGACAAUGACGGCUCUUUGACCAAAAAAGUUAACAAGCCGGUGAGGAAAUCCACAAAAGAAGUGACCUUUUCAAGAAACGUUUGGGAGUCGGCAAAUUUUAUUGAUUUAAAUGAAUCUUCUAGGCAACAGAUUGAAAACUGUAUAAAGAGAAAUGCUGAUUGGGAAUCUGAAAUGCUAAAGUCAAGUAAUAACACACCGGAGCGUCAAGAAUUAAAAUCCAAACUGAUUAAUCUUGGAUUUCGAGAAGCACAUGUGAACGAAGCCAUGUUGUAUAAGGACCCAUUAUCAUUUUUACUUUUUAAUCUUCCUGAAGAUGACUUUCCGAGAUACUUCCAAAAGCGCAAAGAGGACUCUAAAAACAUCAUUGAAAUAUCUACACUACCUUUGCAGAAGCAAAUAACUCUGGAAAGAUUGCAAGAGUUUCCAGUUUCAAAAGACGAAGCGUUAUUCGCUUUGGAUCUAUACAAUGGAAGCGAAGCAUUGGCUGCCGGAUACUUAACACAAAGCAUGAUACCUGAUUUACCAAUUUUAGGAACCGAAGAAAUUGACAACCCGGAAAGUAAAGAAAUGUGGAUACAGGAACUUGAAAGUUUAAAGUGUAUUUUUGAAGAUAAAAUAGAAGUUAUUGACGAGCCGAACUGCUAUGUAAUAUCUCUGAUGGAAAAAUACUCACUAAAAUUGAAAGUGUAUAGGACUCCAAACUACCCACAACAUAUUCCCGGUAUUGUAGUUUCAACCUUUUCAAAAAAAAUCAAACUGCCUAACUAUAUUAAAAAACAAGUGAUGAUCAAGCUUUUACAUCACGUCAAAGAAUCUGGUAUUAUUGGUGGUGAAAUGAUCUAUGAAAUAUAUCAAUGGCUAUUAGACAAUAUAAAAUCGAUCAUAGAUAAUCCUGGAAAGUUACUAAAUAUAGAUGAUAUGAAAAGCUCCAGCAAUUUCGAAAUCAUAGAGGCUCGCAAGAGUAAAAUGAAAUUGAAUAAAAAAAACCAAGAGGCAUCAUUGACCAAAGACGAACUAUCGGCGUUAUUGGAUGAAUACAAGAAAAGGAUCUUAACCAAUAACUAUAAACUGAUGCAAGAUCAAAGAAUGCAAUUACCUGCUUGGAAAAAGAAAGAUCAUAUUGUUGAUUUGAUAAUGAAAAACCAAAUUGUACUAAUAACUGGUGAAACGGGUUCUGGUAAGUCGACACAGGUAUGUCAGUUUGUAUUGGAUGCGCUGUUUACAUCUAAUAACUCUAAUGAACUUCAAAAAAAAAUUCUAGUAACACAGCCAAGAAGAAUAUCUGCCAUUGGUCUAGCGGAGCGUGUGGCUGCAGAGAGGUGUGUUCCAUGUGGAGAGGAAGUUGGCUACACUAUUAGAGGUGUUAACAAGAGCUCCAAAUUCUCAAAAAUUCGUUUUAUGACUACUGGUGUUCUGGUAAGGAUACUUCAAAGUUCUAUGAAAAGUCUUGAAAACUGUAUUAUCAUCAUAGAUGAAGUCCAUGAGAGAUCCAUCGAUACAGACUUGUUGGUGGCUUUACUUAAGCAAAUAAUGGAAAAAGUUAAAACACUAAAGAUUGUGCUAAUGAGUGCCACAGUAAAUGUAAAUCUAUUCCAUAAUUACUUUCCUGGUCUUGUAUCAUCUCAUAUUGAAGGUCGUACAUUUCCAAUCAAAGACUACUUUUUGGAGGAUAUACUGGAUCAACUUGAUUUUAAAAUUAAAAGAAACAAAUACCAUGAAUAUGAUGACGAUGACGAUGACGAUUCUAUAUCAUCUCAUGAUAACCAGUUUUUACGACCUACUGCGGACUCCAAAUUUUUUAGAACUGGACAAAUCAACUAUGAUCUAUUAUGCCAACUAGUGCUACACGUUAACGAUAAAUUAACUUCUGAGAACAACUCUGGCUCCAUAAUCGUAUUUCUUCCUGGUGUAGCUGAAAUAAACAGACUCUGCAGAAUGCUUGAGAAUAAUAAUUUGGUUGUAUUGCCUUUACACUCUGCAUUAUCAGCUGAAGAUCAGAAACAAGUUUUCAAGAAGUUCUCCAAGAGGAAAGUAGUGGUUUCCACAAAUAUUGCUGAGACAUCUAUAACAAUUGAUGACUGUGUUGCUACCAUAGAUACUGGUAAAGCUAAAAUUAUGAUGUAUAAUGCUAAGGAUAAUAGCACACGUCUUAUCGAACGCUUCAUUUCUCGGGCAGAAUCAAAACAAAGAAGAGGCCGUGCAGGUAGAGUUCGUGAAGGUCUUUCAUAUAAAUUGUACUCCAAACGGCUUUACGAAGAGGAUAUGGUCGAAAUGCCAACAUCAGAAAUAAAUAGAGUUGCAUUAGAUUCUCUUUACCUUUCAGUAAAAGCGAUGGGAAUCAGGAAUGUGAAAUCUUUCUUAGCUAAGGGUUUGGAACCUCCUCCAUUAAACGCAUUGGAAAUGGCCGAAAUUCAGCUUUCUAUGAUAGGUCUUCUUGACAGGAAAAAUGAAGAACUAACUCAACUUGGAAAAUAUGUAAGUAUGAUGCCAUUAGUAGAUCCAAAGUAUGGUAAGCUUUUAUUAUUUGGUAUUAUUUUUGGCUGUGUGUCAAAAUGUGUUCUGAUUGCAUCAAUAUUAAGCUUAUCAAAUUCACCAUUCAUAGGUGGUACUGAAAACAGAGAUAAUAUUAAGCAGAUGUUAAAGGAACAUGGUGACGAUGGAGAUAUUCUUGCCAUCGUGGACAUAGUAGAAAAAUGCUUAUCCAAAACCAAUAGUAGUGAUCGUGGUAAGUAUAUGAAGCAACAUUACCUCUCCUUUAAUAAACUAAGAGAGAUCGAAUCAAGCAUAUCCCAGUACUAUUCAAUACUGAGUGAUUUAGGAUUUUUACCCAUUAAGUACCGUCAAUCAGAAGGUUCAGAACUGGAAAGAAAUGGGAAGAGUAAAUCUAUUCUUAAGGCCAUAUUAGCGGGAACUCUAUAUCCAAACAUUGCCCGUGUUCAAUUACCGGAUAUGAAAUAUUUAUCAACUAGCAUGGGUUCAAUUGAAAAGGACCUUGAAGCAAAGCAAAUUAAAUACUGGAUUAGAAAUGAAGAGUUGCAAACCGAACUUCAAAAAUUGAAGGAUGAAGGGAAAGAAAUUAAUUGGAGGAACAAUGACUUACCACCUUCUACCAAGAGAGCCUUUUUACAUCCAUCAUCUGUACUAUUUCAAGGAAAUGAAAUGAGUGUUGUUGAGUUGCAAGCGUUACAGGAUGACCUUCAUAGAAUCUCGAAGAAAACAUCCCCCACAUCACUAACUAGCCCAUUUGUCGCCUACGUUUCAACGCAGUUAACAUCUAAACAAUUCAUAAAUGGAUUAACUCCUGUGUCAACUUUAGUUUUACUUUUGUUUGGUGGUGUUCUAAGAUAUGAUAUUGAUAGUGAAUCACUUUCUCCUGGUAUCAUCAUGGAUGAUUGGAUACCAAUAAGAACAUGGUGUAAGAACGGCAUCCUCCUCAAUGAACUCCGGUUAACAUUAGACAAAGCUAUACAAACGGUUUUAGAAAAGCCUCAGUACGUUAGUGGCACCCAAAAUACUAGCAAGAAUUUAGAGCAUGUUUUUCAACUGGUACAUAAUCUGAUAGAAAUUGAAUCUUGA